CAAAAAGGACAGCUGCUGCCGGCUCAACUUGGCUGCAGUCAUGGCUCGCCUCUCCUUCUCAGAAGUGGGCCUGCUGCUCCUGUUAGUGCUGGCUUUGGUGCUCAGUGCCGAGUCAGGACCGAGAAGGCAAAAGACCCUGAGGAGGAAGAAGAGGGAGUGGAUCAUUCCUCCUGCCAAGCUCAUGGAAAACACUGACUACCGACACAAGGAAUUCAUUGCCAAGAUACACUCUGAUAAAGACUUAGGUGAGUCGGUGGACUAUUUUCUCACUGGAGAAGGAGCUGACAAGGAACCCUUCAAUCUCUUUGUAGUGGACCGAAACACUGGGUUUGUCCGCAUCACUGAAUUACUGGACCGGGAGAAAUGCCAAUUCUACAAUCUAACAGGGGUGGCAAGGUUCAAAGACGGGACGAAAGCAGAGGAUGAUGUCCCACUGGCAUUCACGGUUCUGGACCAGAAUGACAACCCUCCUUAUUUUGAGCUGCAGAUGGGCAACAUCGCAGAGGAAAGCAAACCAGGAAGCGUUGUUAUGCAGAUCAAGGGGAAAGAUAAGGACCAACCUGGAACAAUUAACAGUGAGAUCAGCUACAGGAUCGUGAGUCAGGAGCCCGCAGGCACCAGUCACAUGUUCACUCUGGACAGAAAGACGGGCCAACUGUACGUCAAAGAGGAAAACCUGGACAGAGAGACUAUCGACUUCUACAAACUGGUCGUAGAGGGGACUGAUAUGGGAGGGGGGUCCGGCGGCCUAGUAGGGACAGGAACAGUGGAGGUCAAAGUCCUGGACAUCAAUGACAACAUCCCCACCCUGGAAAAAUCUGAGUACGAUGGGGAAGUGGAGGAAAAUGUUGCCGAUGUGAUUGUGAUGAGAAUCAAAGCUAUUGAUGAAGACCUUCGACACUCAGACAACUGGCUGACUGUCUUCAAAAUCACCAAAGGAAAUGAGGAUAACUUGUUUUCAAUUGAGACGGACAAGGAAACCAAUGAGGGCGUCUUGAAGCUGAUGAAGGCUGUGGAUUUUGAAGAUGUCCAGAAUCUUGAGCUUGGCCUGAUCAUUACAAACGUAGCUCCUUUUGUGAAGGGUGGUGCUGUAUUAAUGGAUGUGGAGGUCCAGAUUGGAGAGGGUAAUCCUAUGGCUACUGGAGCGGGUGAAGGUGGAGGUGAAGGUGAAGGUGAAGGUGAAGGUGGAGGUGAAGGUGAAGGUGGAGGUGGAGGUGGAGGCGGGGCUGGACCUGGACUUAAGCCAGAUGUUGGGGUUGGGCUUGGGCUUGGAGUGGGUGUCGGUAUUAAGCCAGGUGUCAAACCAGAAACAAAGCCUGAGCCAAAGAGCUAUUCCAUUAAGAUAGCAGUGAAAAACGUUCCAGAGGAUCCAGCAUUCAUUCCAACCACCAAGAAUGUUCCUGUAUCAGAAGAUCCAAAUGAAGCACCCGAAGAUGGAGUGAUCACAGUGUUUGCUGCUAUCGAUCCAGACACAGGGCUACCAGCUGAAGAUGUCAAUUAUGCCAAAGCCCUUGAUCCAGAAAACUGGUUUACCAUCGAUGAAAAAACAGCUGAGAUUAAACUCAACAGGGUACCAGACAGAGAGUCACCUUUUGUGGUGAAUGGUACCUACAUUGCCAAGAUUCUGGCGAUCACAGAUGACAGGCCAUCAAAGACCGCCACAGGAACAAUAGCCAUUCAAGUCCUUGACUCCAACGACCACUGUCCCACUCUGACCACCACCCACAGCACCCAGUGCACUGAUGACACAACUGUCUAUGUUACUGCAUUUGAUGAGGAUAUUGAUCCCAACGGAGCUCCAUUCACAUUCAGAGUCAUACCUGAUGGGACACGAGGGAGCUGGGACGUAGAAGUCGUCAAUAAGACGAGUGCCGCGCUUCACUCUCAUGAUCCACUCUGGCCUGGCUUAUAUGAGGUUCAGGUGGAGGUGUUGGAUGCUCAAGGUCUAUCUUGCCCAUCCAAUGAAAUUUUUACCGUGGACGUGUGUACCUGUGUGGAGACAAAAGACUGCAAGAUAAAGGCAGCCAAAUUAGAAACUACUUCAACCGAGCUCUCUGCCCCAGCUAUCAGCCUCCUGCUAUUGGCAAUGUGCUUAUUGCUGUUUAUUCCUCUUCUCGUGCUGUUCUGUCAGUGUGGAGCAGAACUUUUUUCAGACAGUUUUCUUGACAUGCCAUGGGAGACCAAAGAGCAACUCAUGUCUUACCACACUGAAGGCAGAGGCGAGGAUAAGGAAGUUCCACUCCAUAGUAUAACUCUAUCCUUGGCUCCCCAAAAGACAUUUGGGACAGCACAAGGAUCAAAUUCCAAAGGCACUAUUACAAAUACUAUAAAAAAUAACCAGACAAUCCAUGAUGAAUUUUUGGAAAGGUUUCGGGACACCAGGCAAAGUUGGAUGGAGGUCGACAACAACUCUCACAGGGAUUUUGGCUAUGGUUAUGGCAGCGCAACGAUCAGCAUAAACACACUACAACACACGAGAGCUCACACAACAGCUCUCUAUGAGCAUAUAGCCUUACCUGACGCUUUCCUGAAUGAUUACUACUCACAGAAAGCGAUGUGUGCUUUGCCUGCGAAGGACUGUUCUUUGGAGUAUCGUUUUGAGGGCCAGGGAUCCUCUGCUGGAUCUGUGGACUACUGCAGCCCCCUGGAAACUAACAACGACCUGCAAUUCCUCGAUGACCUUGGGCCAAAGUUCAAGACUCUGUCUGAUAUCUGCUCCCCUCCUAAACCAACACCCACACCUUCCCUGACACACAAAAUAGUAGGUGCUGUCCAAACCACAGUAAAUAAGGUUGAACCUGUUGUUAUGCCCAAAGUUGAGCGAAGCAUUGAAACAGAUCAUACUGAUGUCAAGAAAGAGACAGUCAUGUCAUCUACUAACAUCUCCAAAUCAUCCGUCAAUACUGGAAGCACUGCCCAUCAAUCCAUGACACUUCCUAACUCUAAGGUUACUAACAUCAGUCAUUCCAACACUCUGCCCCAUCAAGCUCAUCAUUCUGCCACUCUGUCCCAUCAAGCUCGUACAGUUUUCAUACAGCCAGUUUAUUACGCCACCAACCCUGUACUACAGCCCAUGCACUAUGUAGUUCAACCACAGCUACAGAACACGGUUAUGCUAGCAGAGGGGUCCCAUGGAGCUAAUUGUCAAGGCUUGUAUGUAGUCAGUGGGCCCCAAGGCUCUCCUCCUGGGCUAGUGAUUCAGGGCAUUGAGGGCCCAAAAAGCCCUGCCAGUCCAGUUAGCCCCACCUUCUUUCUACCUGGUAGUCCAGGUGUGUCUACAGGCUCAGGCCCUGCAAAGGGUUGGAAAAUGAUAAGGCCAAAUCCCGAUGGUGAAUACAUGUUAGUUCAAGAUAAGAGUAGACCAGAUGAUGCAGGUGAGGUUGACCCAUGCUCGUCUCAGGGCAAUUUGCCCAGAGGUGCAAAUCCUGGUAAAAGAGGGGUUGGGCAGCCAGGAGUGAUGGGGUUAGUGCCGGGAACAGCUUUUGGAAUUGAUGUUGGGAAAUCAGGAAUGGGAAUGGCACAUGUGAUGACAGUGAAACCAGAGGUCAGACAGGUUGGACUGUGGCAACCUGGGGUGACUCAAGUUGGCAUUAGGCAGGUCAGUACAAACCAGUACCAAGAAACUACGCAGUUGCAGCAAACAGCAGAUACCAGUGGUAUUCUAAAAGCCUCAGGAAUUAAUUCACCAAAGGAAGACAAGACUGCAACAGUUGUAAAUACCAUCAUUUCAGCUGAAACCCAUCCAUCAAACGAAGAGGUGUUGAUAUAAAAUCAGUUGAAGGAUCCAGUUCAGAACAUGAAUUAUGAAAUGGUUGAGGGAAAGCGUGAUGUCCCCUACAUAUCGAUGCCUCUCGAGACAACACUUGAUGAUGAGGAUCCUGAUAGGAUGGUCCAAACUGCAUUUGAAGACAAAUUGGGUAUCCAAGAAUGUCCUACACAAACAUCAGAAACAGCUCCAACAAACAAAUGUACAGAUAUGGUAAGUCAAACCACAGAAUCCGAUGUCCCACAACAAAACUCAGUGGAAUCAGAACAGCAGGAAAAUCAUGUUCCUGCUAAAGGUUUUUUGGAGGAAAAUAUAACUCUGGUCAAUCAAAUGUCGCCCACAGAAGUGUGCCAACCUGGAUCAGAUGUCAUUGAUUUAGUUAAUACAGGCAGAGAGAGUAUAGAGAUAUCAACAAUUCCUCAAGGAGAGGGAUCCACAUCUACUUUAGAACACAUCAACAUUGUAGACGAUCAAAUACAAGAUAUCACAGAAGUAAAAGUUGUUGAAGAAAGGAAGAAAAUGGAACAAUGUAUUUUAUUAUAUAAAACUUAAAUAUGUUAAAAACUGUGUUAAAACUCUGUAUGCCAUAGUCAUGUAUCGUAUAGUUUAACGCUUUAGCAAUAUAAACAGGAUGUAUAACAGAAAUCCUUACAUGGGUAAAGACCUAUGUAGCAAAGUACGCACUUCCUCUUUCGAGGAGAUGAACAUCUGUUAUGCACUUCCUCUUUCGAGGAGAUGAACAUCUGUUAUGCACUUCCUUGCGGGAAGUGAACAUUUAACCACAAAGCAACAAAGAAGGACACCUCUAACGCACCUUGCACGCACAGGAUGUGACAAACCACGUGAAAGAAGAGGAUAUAAGGAGACUGAAGAACAUUGGAAAUCAGUUCCUCUUGAACUCAGUUCUUCUUGCAAAAGACUGAACCAACUGGCCAACGCUAAUUAGUAGUAUGGCAAGACGGAUCACUGAUCCUGAUCUAGUAUCAGCAGACCUAGCAGUGCCUCUUGAACUCAGCAUCUCUUGCAGAAAACUGAAGAAACCCCGAUACUAACUAGUAGUGGGGAAAACCUAGACGGAGCAGAUAUAAUAUAUAUCUGAGCAAAAACGCAGUUCAUUAUUAUUGAUGUGUGGUGUUAUAACUUGUGAAACUUUAAAUAAAACUACCUGUUCGCACUUGUGAGAGGAAACUAAA